UUAUAAUUUUUUUUAUUUUUUAAUUCAAUUAAUACAUUUACAAGUCACGUGUAUUAUUCAAAUGCUUGUUAGAAAACCCUAAAAAAAGAUUGUCCUUUUUUCUCAUUGUAUAUAUAGCUCUUCCCUUAUCAACUCUUUUUUUUCUUCCUGGACACGCUCUCUCAGUUCUUCCCACAGCUUGACUAUCACUGAAGAUAAGGGUUUUCUUUUCUGCGAUAGAAUCAAGAGCGAACAACGGUGGAUCCGAGACAUGGGAAGAGGCCCUUUUCAUCCAAUGAAUCGGAGGAGAAAGAGGAUCAUGUUGAUCGCACGGAGGAGCAGCCGCUGUUCUUCCCUAUUUACUCAGCUAGAUCCCAGCAAGACAUGUCAGCCAUGGUCGCCGUCCUCUCUCAAGUCCUCGGCCGCAACGAAGAGAACCCCCCGCCGCCGUCGGAGUAUUCCCUGCAUGGCAGUUCGGUAGCCCAGCUGCCUCACCAUCAGUCUUCCAGCGCACCCGUGAACAACCAACCCCAACAAGUUCAAGAACAAGGGAAUGCAAACGCAAGGAGAAGACACUACAGAGGGGUCCGCCAGCGGCCGUGGGGCAAAUGGGCAGCGGAGAUACGGGACCCAAAGAAGGCAGCAAGAGUGUGGCUAGGAACCUUCGACUCGGCAGAAGCUGCAGCCCUCGCGUACGAUGAGGCGGCCUUAAGAUUCAAAGGCAACAAGGCCAAACUCAACUUUCCCGAAAGGGUUCAGGGAAGAUCAGAGCUCGGAUACCUCACAACUCGACAAGAUUUACGUGUCGUCUCCGACUGUAGGGCUAACACUACAACUCAGGUUCCAGCUCCUCCUGCCCAAGACAACAAUUACCUCAAUCUUCAUCACUAUGCAGAACUCAUGCGUGGAGGACAUACCGGUAAUAUUUUGAGGUAUGGGAAUUCACCCAGUAUUAGUACUGGAGGAUCGACUUAUGUUUCUCAUCAGGGCUCGACGUCUUCUGAUUCGGUGCCUACGAUGUUGUCUUCUUCAUUACUAGCUUCUCAUCAUCAUCAUCAUCAGCAGCAGCAGCAAGAUUUUCUGGGGUAUCAGUAUCAGUCGAGUUUUGGGAGUUCUUCGUCGGGUUCUGUCGAAAACUGGGGAGAAUUCGACAGUGGUAAUAACACAAGAAGGUAAUUACGUGCGUAGAUUUCAUGUAUUGAAGCUUGUGUUAAUUAUUAUUACGUUGAUGUAAGGUUUUCGAAUAUAUGGCUCGUGAAUGUAGCCAAGAUGUUGGUGCCUUGUUUCUUUU